GCCACGCCAGCCGCUGCUCGGCGCGGCUCAGCUCGCAGUUUAUCAGCGACUCUCGCUCGUGUCUGUUGCGGUCUCGCUUCCUCUCAGCUGCUUCGCCGCUCUCCACGCGGGCGUCAUUCUCUCGCCGCGCCGGCUACUCGCUGCGGUCCUCGCGUCUACGAGCGCCGUUAACUGCACGCCGCAUCUGCGCACUCGCAACUCUAGGCGUAGCACUGCCUGAGGAUGGAGAGCGACACCGCGAGCGCCACGGACUCGUCGUGCGGCGCGCUGCUGGACGAGAAGCGCCACCUGCAGAGGCCGGAGCGACCCAGGCUGCGGCGGCGCGGGCGCGGCCGUGGCGGCCACGGACACGGACAGCACUUCUGCCCGAAGUGGGCGCGCACCUUCUGCACCGCCGCAGGUGUAAUACUUGUCCUGGUGCUUUUGAUCGUGAGCUCACUGGGCGCUUACAUCAUGUGGACCACUGACAUCCUUGGAGACACCGUUAACGACAUGCUGAUUUUGAGGAAUGGCUCCACAGCCUUUGACAGCUGGCAGAAUCCACCGGUGCAUCCCCUCAUGAGGAUACGGAUCUUCAACUACACCAAUCUCCAGGCGUACAUGGAUGGCGAAGAUGAGAAGCUCCUGGUGAAGGAGGUGGGGCCCUAUGUCUUCAGGGAGAUUUCCAAAAAGACUGAUAUCAAAUUCGGUGACAACGACACCACUAUAACCUACAGGCUGAACAACACGUACGUCUUCGUCCCCGAAGAGUCAAACGGCACGCUGAACGAUACAGUCACCGUCGCCAACAUGCCGCUUAUGACGGCGUUUGCGCGCAUGCAGGACGCGGGCUUGCUGGCACGGCUGGCGCUGCGGAGCGGCAUGAGGGCGCUGCAGGCGCAGCCCUUCCACAGACUCACGGCGCACCAGCUGUUCUGGGGCUACAAAGACAAGCUCAUCAACACCAUCCAGACUGUCAUGGGGCCCUUCAAUCCCGCCAUGAGGAACCUCAAGGUCGGCCUGCUCCAGACGAAACAAGGCGUAUCUGAAGACGUGUGGACGGUGUACAGUGGCGUUGGGGAGCACGGGCUGUCAAAGCUGGGUUACUACGCGGCCUACAAUGGCGAGCCGCAGGUGAACUACUAUUGGGGAGAGUGCAACGAGAUCCGGGGCAGCGACGGCUCCCGCUUCCCGCCAGAGUUGGUCCGCCCAGGCGGCACCCUCUGGGUCUACCUGAGGGAAACUUGCCGCCGCACGCUGCUCGUCUACAACACCACCGUCAAGGUAAUGAACGGUAUUCCCGGCCUGCGCUUCGUGCCACAGGCCCCAAAGCGUCUGGCGAAAGGCGAGGAAGACUGCUUCUGCUCAGAAAAGGACGGUUGUCUUCCCUAUGCCUUGAUGGACAGCUCCUACUGCAAGAAUGGAGCUCCACUCGUGGUGUCUGGACCGCAUUUCCUGACAGCUGACGAGGAGAUAAGGACCGUUGUGAAUGGCUUGAAUCCAGUACCCGAGAAGCACGAGCCCUAUCUCGUAAUCCACGAGAGAAUGGGCGUCCCAAUAGCUGGUAAAUCGCGUUUCCAAUUCAACGUCAAAGUACAUGCGACAGGUGGAUAUAGGUACAUGAACGCGCUGGAAGGAAAAGUGAUACCUAUUAUUUGGCUUGAAAGGGACAUAGGGGAAUUUCCGCAUGACCUGCAGAAGAUUCUCUACUUCACGGCGGUGACGCUGGACAGUUUGAAGGCGGGCCUGCAGCACGGACUGCCGAUUGUCGCCGCCAUGUGCGCGCUAUCACUGGUACUGUUCGCAGCCGUCAGGUGCCGCAAGAACCGCCGCCUGCUGUCGGCGGCCAAGCGCAGCGGCGACAAGAUACUGCUAAAGGUCACCGCACCGCCCACCCGCGAGAUGACGCGCCUCUGAGGCACCUGGGCCACGCACCCCCUCCCAAACAAGUAUUACCCAUCAGCCAAUGAGGAAGCGACGUUACCUGCGUGCUCCCGCCUACCUAAGAGUCUCUCCUGGUUAGGCUAGGAAACACCAGUCUCCCUCAGGCCUCUGACUAUAUCGUAUAGCGGCCGCUAAGAACCAUCGCACUCAAUUCCAUUCUCUGUCCAAACAACUGAAACGAAGAAAUACGUUUCAUGGUGAAGAGGAUUUGAAUGAUUUAUUGGAAAAAAAAUCAGGAACUUCAGAUCACGUCGUGGAUGUGAUUAAACGUUAUACUACGUUUACCAAAACACUUUGCGAAUGCUGACCGCGAAGAGGAAUCCCACUAAUGUACUGUCAAACAAGCUGUGAUACGAAAUUCUAGUUUUAGAAUUUGAUAGAUAGUGUACAACGGACUUUGCGCGCGGAAAAUGAUUCCUGCUCAGUUCAUGUAAUGUUGGUAUAACUCAGAGCUGUGCCAAAUUUCUCGUAACGAUUUUCUGUGUUUUUAAUGUUAUUUUAGGUAAGCUGAAGUGCCUUUUAAAAAUUACUCGGAUAAGACCUUAAAAUGUCGAUUACCAGAAGGUGGCUUUCUCAUUUGAAAAAGUAUGUGUUCCUAUUUUUUAAAGCUUUGUGAAAUUGUACAUAAAAUUGGUGAGCAAACUGUUUUAUAGAAAACAUAUCCCUGAUCUAAAAAGGUUACGUCACAGGGAAGGUUAUCAAAUACAGUGUGUUGUUCACUCUUGAGUUUCUUGUUGUAUGGUAUUUUCGAAGUUCAUUUUUCGUGCCGUAGGCGUUCCAUGUAGACUGAGAGUGAGUUUUUCGUGAGUUUUGUACAAAAAUACAAAUAAAACUUUUUCUUAAGGUUGUUUUA